UUGUUCUCCUCCGGAUAGUUUAUGAUAGUUCUCCUAGUUGAUAGAGAAACACACAUUUUUCUUCGAAUACGAUCCUACUUGUCUUCAGGGCAUUCAGUGUUCAGUUAUGGGGAUCUUUCUGUUACUUUGGGUUGUGCUGCUCCAUACCUGUUUGAUGACAGGAGAAGUUGUUUAUGGUGGAGAUGCUGAAAGAGUGGCAUGCAAAGAAUCUGAAAGAGAAGCUCUUCUUGACUUCAGAAAAGGUCUUGAAGAUACUGAAGACCAGCUCUCCUCAUGGCAUGGAAGCAGUUGUUGUCACUGGUGGGGGAUAACUUGUGAUAACAUUACAGGACAUGUUACUACUAUUGAUCUCCACAAUCCAUCAGGUUAUGAUACUUCUACCAGGUAUGGAACUUGGACCUUAAGUGGAAUCGUUAGACCUUCACUCAAAAGACUUAAGUCCUUGAAAUAUCUUGACUUGAGUUUCAACACAUUCAAUGGCAGAUUUCCUAAUUUCUUCUCCUCCUUGAAAAAUUUGGAAUAUCUGAACUUGUCAAAUGCCGGGUUUAGCGGCCCCAUUCCUCAAAAUCUCGGGAACCUCUCUAACUUGCAUUUUCUUGAUAUUUCUUCUCAGGAUUUAGCAGUUGAUAAUAUUGAAUGGGUGACUGGUCUUGUCUCACUGAAAUAUUUGGCAAUGGUUCAAAUAGACCUUUCUGAGGUAGGAAUAGGAUGGGUCGAGGCAUUAAACAAGCUUCCAUUUUUAACUGAGUUGCAUUUACAGUUAUGUGGUCUGUCCAGUUUGAGUUCUCUUCCUUUGAUAAAUUUUACUUCACUUGCUGUUAUAGACCUUAGUUAUAACGCCUUCGAUUCAAUGUUGCCGAAUUGGCUUGUGAAUAUUAGCACUCUUGUAUCUGUUGAUAUUAGCAGUAGCAGCUUAUAUGGAAGAAUUCCCCUCGGUUUCAAUGAACUGCAAAAUUUUCAGUCAUUGGAUCUUAAUAGAAACGAAAAUCUCUCAGCAAGUUGCUCUAAACUAUUCAGGGGAACCUGGAGAAAGAUACAAGUUCUUGAUUUGUCCAACAAUAAGUUACAUGGAAGACUUCAUGCUUCUCUUGGAAAUAUGACUUCUCUCAUCGUUCUUCAGUUGUACAUGAAUGCUAUUGAGGGUAGGAUUCCAAGCUCCAUAGGUAUGCUUUGCAACUUGAAACAUAUCAACCUCUCACUUAAUAAAUUGACAGGAAGUUUACCAGAAUUUCUGGAAGGAGCAGAACAUUGUCUUUCUAAAUAUCCUUUAUCUACUUUGCAACACUUCGAGGUCAGUAACAAUCAAUUAGUUGGCAAGUUGCCAGAUUGGAUCAGCAAUCUUAAAAAUCUUGUUAUACUUGAUUUAGCUGAUAACUCAUUUGAAGGUCCCAUCCCUUGUUUUGGAGAUUUUCUGCACUUAAGUGAACUCAGACUUGCAGCAAAUAAAUUUAAUGGUAGUCUUUCUGAUAGUAUAUGGUUGCUUUCCGAGUUAUUUGUCCUUGAUGUCUCACAUAAUAGAAUGUCAGGUGUUAUCUCAGAAGUCAAAUUUUUGAAGCUAAGGAAAUUGAGUACAUUGAGUUUGUCAUCAAACUCGUUCAUUUUGAACUUUAGUUCUAAUUGGGUACCUCCAUUCCAACUUCUCAGUCUGAAUAUGGGAUCAUGCUUUCUGGGUCCUUCCUUUCCUGCUUGGUUGAGAUAUCAAAAAGAGAUCAUUUUUUUAGAUUUCUCAAAUUCUAGUAUUUCGGGUCCUAUUCCAAACUGGUUCUGGAACAUUUCAGGAAGACUGACCUAUUUGAAUUUAUCUAUCAAUAGUUUGGAAGGUCAUUUACCGAGUUCGUUCAGUACUGACCUAUUUGAAUUUAUCUAUCAAUAGUUUGGAAGGU